AAAACUAAUUAAAUUAUAAUUACUUUAAAUUAAAUAAAUUAAUUAAUAAAUAUUUCAAAAUUCAGUUUAGGAGACUUUGUUUUUGGGUAUGUGGGACCAUGGCAAGCCCAAAACAGGUCCAAACCAGAUCAAAUAAAGCCACUAUCGGAAGAGAUAUGUCUAAGUUAGAGAAAAACCUCUCAAUCUUACACAUGGAAAUACCACCCAUGAGUACGUAUAUGGUAUAUCAUCCGUGUCAUCGAACAUAUAGUAAAAGGCCGACACGUACCCACUUAAUUGACACAACCACCGAACACGUGUCAAACUAACUAAUUACCAUGCAAACCCAUCUUCAUCUUUUUCUAUCUCCAUUCAUCACCCCAUGAAUCCAGUAUCGCACUUACUCACUUCCUCACAGUAAUGGCUUCUCAUCAACAAGAAGAGAAGAAGAAGAAGAAAGAGUUAACACCGGAGGAGAUUAGUCAGUACCGAGCAACGGCGCAGCAAAACUCACUGGACUCCAUCCGGGCGGCCGAGGAACGCUACGCCAAAGCCAAAGAGUCCGGCCACUCGGCACUCCGGGAGACCAAGGAGGCUGUCACUCAUGGCGUUGGCGCUGCUAAAGACUUUGCAGUGGAGAAAACUAAGGAAGGGUAUCAUGCUGCUAAGGAUGUUGCUGUCAAGACUGUUGAGAAGGCUAAGGACUUUGUUUAUCAUGACAAAGGAGAAGAAGAAGAAGAAGAAGAACAAGUUGACCACAAGUUCACUGAAGCUAACGAGAAGCUUGGAGAACAGGAUGAUGAUCAGGUUGAGGAACAGAAGAAUCAUCAUGGAUAUGAACAGAGUGGAACUGGUACUAGUAGUGUUUUGGUUGGAAUUUUAGGAGCUGUUGGUGAGAGUUUGAUGGAGAUUGCUCAGACAGCAAAGGAAAUAGUGAUGGGAAGAGAUCCAGAGAUCAGAAAAGAGUAGAGAGAAAAAUUUAAUAAUCAAAU